GAAAUAUGGAAACCUCCCCUAAAAACAGAAGUAAAUGAAACCCUUUUGAAUUUUCGGGAAGAUGAGAUUUACGACACCGAUGCCAUAAAUGAGUUUAUGUCUCAAACAAGUCUUCCGGGUGAUGGUGUAUUUGUAGUACAAUUAUCUCCGUCUCAGCAGGCAGAGGUGUUUGGUAACCACUUCAUAUCUCAUCUUAGCGAAUACAAAACAAAAAUAUCAUCUCCUAUAUCUCCGGAAACGGACAGAUCAUUAGCUAUUUCGGUUACAAUAGAACCUAUAUACCUUGGUUUGAAUCUUGAGAAGGAAGUCCUCCUAAAAGCUCUCGAGUUGUCAAAUUCUACCGAACAUAAUAUAGUCUCUUUAAAAGAGAUAAUUUCCGACUAUCCCGGCGAGUUUAUCACCUUCAUUUAUGAUGAAAAAUCAAAAUUUGGGGGCAAUUUCAUUAUUGUUACCUCUCAGGAUCUUAAUUAUACUCUUCGUUUGAACGAAACGAAGAUAAACGAUGAAUCCUUGGCCUUGGAUAUAAUUGAAGAAGCAGAUGAUAGUGUUACUUGGAAGUAUCCGACGGUUCAACUUCGCUUGUCACAGCGCGAAAUUCAGAAAGUGCAUCUCGCAGAAUCUCGUAAUCGAAUUGUCUGUAAAUUUGAACGACCAUGUAAAGAGCUAGGAGUAGUACGGUCAUUGAGCAACUGUGAAGAUCUUGAAACAAAUUAUAUGGAGGUUAAGCCCUAUGAAAAUAAGAACUUCAGUGUUCCAAUCAUGGAAUUGGAGCGAGGUGUUACCUGCGUUAACAUGAAAAAAGAUGACAGCACUAAUACAAAUUGGAAGUAUCCUCGCAAUCAAGUCGUACAAUAUGUCCCUAGAAUGACAAUAACUGAGGAAAAGGGCUCUAACACAAUAGCUUCCCUAUCGCAAACUCUAACUUUAGGAAGUGACAAUAUUAUUAAGCUUGUUGAGCAAGGAAUCAAAGAGAAUUGGUUGUUUGACUUCCUUGCAGAUGAUUUUGUUAAUUUGGGGGUCGAGGAUAAUUCUUUUGACAGCAAAUCCACACAUACUUUUAAGGAACUAUCAGUUCUUUCUGAUCUUAGAUUUGUGAAGGAUAAAGCCAUUUCUCAUGUUGAAUGGCAUCCUACUAUUGACGGUUUGAUUGCAAUGUCGGUUGUUGAGAAAUUGACCUAUGACGAUCGUGUUGAUCAGAUGUCAAAAAUUCUUUCUACUCCUACUUAUAUUGUAAUCUGGAGUGUUUUUGAUCAGACCCAACCUCAACUCCUAUUACUUGCCCCGGAAGACAUCUAUUGCUUUAGUUUCAACCCCACUGAUCCUCACAUUGUCGCAGGGGGUUGUAACAACGGAGAAGUAAUACUCUGGGACAUUUCUCAAUUUGACCUAACUGACAUUGCGGAGAAAUUGAAGAUUCCGAAGGAACCUCCGCUAUUCACAUUUGAUGAAAAAGAAUUCAAUAGAGUACCAGUAAUUCAAUGGUGUGCUACUAGCAACGUUGAUGCUUCCCAUAUUACUCCAAUUACUUAUCUGAAAUGGCUACCUGAUCAUAUUGAGUUAGACAGUUUCGGAAUAGUUUAUGAGAACUUAGAACAACGAAGCCUUCAGUUACUCACUUGUGCAACAGAUGGAGGGAUAUUUGUUUGGGAUCUAAGACCAGAAAAGUGUGCUUUGGCUGUGGAUAAGACAAGGGAUCAGAUGAUAAUGCCAUACGAUGUUCCGCAAACUUUCAGCGCACUGGAUGCCAAAUGGAAACCCCUGUUGCAAAUUAAUCUCUUUAGACCAGAUACCACUCCGGAUCACCGUCCAACGUGUUUUUCCAUUAAGGAAAGGCAGGGAAACCGUUCGGUGCUUAAUCUGAAAUCCAAUCAUAACAAGAAAAUAGUCACUGAUGGUGUCACAGGACGCCCGAGUCUAAUACAGGUUUCACCAUUAGACGGUAUAAGCACAACAAUCAUCUGUGGUACAGAGGAAGGAGAUAUAGUUCAUGUUGAUUGGAUUCCACAAAAGGAUGUCAAAACUGGCAAGCGUCAAACACCAAUGCCCAGUUUUGUAUCUCAGCACCACGAUGGCCCAAUUCUAUUCUUAGAAAGGUCGUCCUUCCUUUCCGAUGUGUAUCUCUGCGUUGGCGGAUUUUCUUGGUCAUUGUGGAAAGAGAAUGUCAAAUCCGGUCCCUUGCUUUGCUCUGCUAUAUAUACAAAAGCACCAACAGUAGCGUCAUUUUACACUUUAGGAGGUUUGUGGUCACCAUCUCGGCCUGCAGUAUUCUACAUAAUACGAUCAGAUGGGGUUUUAGAAGCCUGGGACCUUUUGGAUAAGACCCACGAACCAGUUCUUUUGCAUUCUAUUUCAUCGACUGCACUCACUUCCCUGGAUAUUAAACAAGAGGGACGGAAGCAGUGCAUUGCUGUUGGAGAUAUGAAUGGAGUUCUUAAAAUUUUUCUCGUGCCACACAGGCUACAUGUGCCUGGUUCAGAAGAGAAGGAAUCAAUAAAGGCUUAUUUUGAGCGCGAGGAACGUCGAAGAGAUUUUGUUGAAACCCGAUGGAGGAAACGUGAACAGGAGCGUAUUCAAAGUGAGGCAGAGAAUAAACGAUUGGCAGGUAUCACUUCAGCCGCUGCCCUAACAGAACAUGAAAGAUUGCAUAAAAUGAAGAGACGACUAUCCAAGUUAAGUAGUCAUGACGUUUUGCUCUUAAAUCGCUUUACCUUUCAGAUAAUGCUGACCGAAGAAACAGCCACGCGUAUUCUAGACUUCUCUCAGCCAUUGGACAUCAAACUACUCGAUGAUGUCGUAACGGCGAUGUACAAGUCCAGUGGUAAUGAGCAGAAACUCGCUGAAAAAAUUCUAAGUGCUCUCAAGGAGCAUCCCGAUUCCUGGACUCGAGUGGACAGCAUUUUAGAGUUUAGUUCAUCUCAACAAACAAAAUACUUUGCACUGCAAAUCCUUGAAGCUCUGAUUAAGACUCGAUGGAAAGUUCUUGCACGUCCUCAGUGUGAAGGCAUUAAAAAAUACAUUGUUGGACUCAUAAUUCAGACCUCUUCAAACCCAGAACUUAUGGAUAGUGAAAAAACUUAUUUGAGUAAACUCAAUAUGAUUCUUGUUGAGAUUUUGAAGUUCGAAUGGCCAACAAAUUGGCCCCAAUUCAUCCAAGAUAUCGUUGGAGCCAGUAAGACAAAUGAGUCACUAUGCCAGAAUAACAUGGUCAUUCUGCGGUUAUUGAGCGAAGAGGUGUUUGACUUUUCUCUUGGUCAAAUGACUCAAACCAAGGCCAAGCAUAUGAAGGAUUCCAUGUGCCAAGAGUUUGGAAUGAUCUUCCAACUUUGUCAAAUGGUCCUUGAGAAUUCACAAAAUGCUUCCCUUGUUGUUGUCACCUUGGAAACGCUUCUGCGUUUUAUGCAUUGGAUUCCACUAGGAUAUAUCUUUGAGACCAAUCUAAUUCAAGGUCUUGUUACUCGAUUUCUCAGUGUGCCUGCAUUUAGAAAUGUCACUCUGAAGUGUCUAGCAGAAAUCGCUGGUGUUCCGGCGCGAGAUUACAAUGAUAAGGUUGUUGAACUCUACGUUCUGACAACAAACAAGUUAAACGAGAUGUUGCCUCUAUCAACCAGGAUCCGUGAGGCUUUUGAUCGAGGAACCACAGAUGAACAAAACUUUAUUCAAAUUCUGGCCAUAUUCUAUUGUACCUUUUUAAAAUCGCACGGCGAAUUGCUCGAAAACAGGGUACCAACGUCGAAACUUGUCGACGCAUACAAAUAUCUUCUUCGCAUUUCUGAGGUCGACGAUAAGGAAAUCUUCAAGAUUUGUCUUGAGUAUUGGAAUUAUUGGGUCUGUGAGUUAUACACCAAGGCAACUCUCUCUUGUCGCUCUGUGUACUCACCUACUGUUGCUAAGGCUGAGUAUGAACCUAUUCUUUCUGAGCUUCGAACGAUUUUGAUAUCUCGAAUGGCCCGCCCGGAGGAAGUUUUGGUUGUUGAGAAUGAUCACGGCGAAGUUGUGAGAGAGUUCAUGAAGGAUACUGAUAGCUUAAAUCUCUACAAAACUAUGCGGGAGACACUAGUCUAUCUGACCCAUCUUGAUCACGAGGAUACAGAAAAGAUCAUGCUUCAAAAACUCAAGAACCAAGUUAAUGGCACCGAAUGGUCCCGUGCAAAUCUCAACUCACUUUGUUGGGCCAUUGGCAGCAUUUCAGGUUCAAUGAUGGAGGACAAUGAGCGCUCAUUUCUAGUCGUUGUAAUUCGUGAUCUUCUGGGCCUUUGUGAACAUAAACGCGGUAAAGACAACAAGGCUAUUGUUGCUAGUAAUAUCAUGUAUGUGGUGGGGCAAUAUCCUCGUUUCCUGCGAGCCCACUGGCGCUUCCUCAAGACAGUCGCCACGAAACUCUUUGAGUUCAUGCAUGAAACACACGAAGGUGUUCAAGAUAUGGCCUGUGAUACUUUUAUCAAGGUGUCUCAGAAAUGCCGAAGACAAUUACUCAUUCUUCAACCCGGUGCGUCUUGUGGCUUCGUAGAGGACAUUAUCCGAAGUGCUGAUUCAAUAAUAUCUGACUUGCAGCCCCAACAAGUGCAUACUUUCUACGAAGCGGUGGCAACUAUAAUAAGUGCCGAAACAGAUAGGGCAGCACAGAAUGAUCUCGUGGAAGGACUCUUUCGUCUGCCAAACGGUAUUUGGGAUGAAAUUCUUUUGCGUAUUGCUUCUGAUGUGCGGGCUGUAACUGAUGUGGAGGUGGUGAAACAACUUUGCAAUAUCCUCAAAACCAACUAUGCUGCCUGCAGGGCCCUGGGUAACGGCUAUAUGGUUCAACUUUGUCGUAUCUACCUCGACAUGCUCAAUGUCUACAAACUCUUAUCUGGACAAAUCAAUGGACUGAUUGCAACUCAAGGCGAUCAAGUUGUUAAGCAACCCCUUAUUCGUUCCAUGCGGGCUGUUAAGAAGACCAUUCUCAAUCUCCUUUCUUGUUGGAUCCAGCGUAGCCACAACCCUAUCCUUGUAGCAAACGAUUUCCUCCCACCUCUAUUAGAGGCAGUUGCAACUGACUAUCAACAGAGUCCUCCAAUUUCCCGAGAACCCGAAGUACUCACAACUAUGGCUACGAUCGUAAAUCGAUUAAAUGAGAAUGUUCUUCGAUCAUUACCUCGUAUUCUUGAUGCAGUGUUCCAGUGCACCCUCGAAAUGAUUAACAAGGACUUGGAAGAUUUCCCCGAGCAUCGAACUAAUUUCUUUAUUCUUCUCCAGGCAGUCAAUACCAAUUGUUUUCAAGCCCUUUUAUCUCUCACUACAGAGAAGUUUAAACUCAUUCUUGAUAGCGUUAUUUGGGCCAUCAAACAUACUAUGCGACAAGUCAGUGAGACUGGUCUCAAUAUACUCCACACUAUGCUUUCCAAUCUUGCUGUGCCUAAUUCCUCCACUCAGCAGCAUUUACUUAGAUGUUUCUACAUCGAGAUUAUGCAACACAUGUUCGCAGUAAUUACUGACCGUUCGCAAACUGGGAAUUUGACCCUCCAAGCCUCUCUUCUGGCCUUUAUGUUUAAAAUGGUUGAGGUAGGACAGAUUACUGUUGCGCUUGGAGGCGAGGACCCGAACUUGACCGUUGCUCCAGAGGUUAACGUUCAAUAUGUCCAUCAAAAAUUGUUGGAGAUGUUAAAACAGGCCUUCCCACACCUUCAAGAGGCUCAGCUUAUUGUUUUCAUCAAGGGUCUUUUCGCCCUAGACACAGACGUAACCGCAUUCCGAGAGCAUUUGCGGGACUUCCUUGUCCAAAUACGAGAGAUUACGGGCGAGGAUCUCUCCGAUCUCUACUUGGAAGAGAGGGAAGCUGAGAUCGCGGCUGCUCAGUUGGAAAAGCAAAGGCAACAAGCUGAAAUUCCUGGUCUCCUGGGUCCAGCUGGAAUGAACGAUGACUACCCUCCUCUAGGAAAUUCAGCUGGUGGAAUUGGGUCUGGAAUGAGUGGUGGCGUUGGUGUAACAGCUAGUGGCAGCGGUGCGGCUGGUGGCAUGGACAUGGCUGACUAA